CCAGACCACCACCUUACUUCUAACGUCGACAAAAUGGCAACAUCGUUCACGCAGACGUACGCCAGUAGGGCCGAAAAACAUGCCAACACGGCCGCCAAAGCGCUGCUGGAGACUAUCGAACGCAAGCGCAGCAACCUCUGUGUGAGCGUGGAUGUAACAAAACAAGCCGACUUCCUCAGGAUCAUCGACGUUGUCGGGCCCUACAUCUGCUUAGUGAAGACACAUGUAGAUGUAAUCGAAGACUUCGACUACUCCGUGAUCGAGCGGCUGCAAGACCUCAGCACCAAGCACGACUUCCAGAUCUUCGAGGACAGGAAGUUCGCGGACAUCGGAAACACCGUUGCGCUGCAGUACUCGAGCGGCGUGCACAAGAUCGCGAGCUGGUCGCACAUCACGAAUGCGCAUCCCGUCCCCGGCCCGUCCAUCAUCACCGGGCUCGCGUCCGUCGGGCUCCCCCUCGGGCGGGGGCUCCUCCUCCUCGCGGAGAUGAGCACGAAGGGCAGCCUCGCGACGGGCGCGUACACGGAGGAGGCCGUGAGGAUGGCCCGCGCGAGCCCUGACUUCGUGAUCGGGUUCAUCGCACAGCGACGCAUGGACGGUGUGGGCCUUCGGGAUGGGGAGUCUGCGGGCAACGAAGACUUCCUCAUCCUCACGCCUGGGGUCGGUCUGGACACGAAGGGCGAUGGCAUGGGUCAGCAGUACCGCACCCCAAGGCAAGUAGUCCUGGAGUUCGGAUGCGACGUGAUCAUCGUCGGCCGAGGCAUCUAUGGCAAGGACGACGGUGCCGACCCGGACGCUGUGCGCGCGCAAGCCGAGAGGUACAGGGAAGAAGGAUGGAAUGCUUACCAGGAACGGAUUGCGGCUACCAGCAAGUAGGAACGACAAGAAGGUGAAGAGCUACAAUGAUAUGUUGUAUAGUGAUCCUACAGAUACAGUCCGGCGAGCACGCGGUUCCUUGUAAUAACAGUACAGGUUUCAU